GGAAGCCAGGGGUUGCAGCUAUUGGGAACUUGUCCGCAAGGUCCCCUGCCCGUGGUCACUCCUGUCCUAAAGAGAGCCCACGGUCACAGCUGGACAUUCUAUCCAUGUCACAAAAGUAUAGGGUCAUUCCCACCACCCUGAAAGGUUGAUAAGCGACAUUCCUGUCUUGCUGAUGAGGAAAGGAGCCCAGAGAGGGCAAGAAACCCUCCCAGAGUCACACAGUAGGGUCAAGGCUGGGCAAGAGGACCAAGGUAUGGGAGACUCCCCUGCUCUCACGUAGAGCCGUGCACACCCACCCACCGCCAUCACGGACACCCUGCAUGUGCCUACCCACGUAUAAGCCCCACUCAGCAGCAUGAGCAGCCUAGACCCUCCCACCGAGACCCCUGGAUUCAAUGCUGCCACCUGGCCAACUCAGCCCACGUACAGCAACCUCGGUGAGGUCCGUGCCCAUCUGCUGCCCUCCAAGGCCUGCCGAACCCCGACAUCCGGGUCCUCCUGCACGGGCCCACAGCACCUGCCCCCACCCCUCCCCAAGAAGACCCUGGCCAGGGCCUUGUCCUUGCCCACCCACAGGGCCCUCAGCCCCAGCCCCACUCCAGCAGGGCAGCCUCCAAGGCCCCUUCUGGGGUCCCGUAGUGUGGAUGAGAGCCAGGCAGGUGGCGAUGAGGCCAGGCCAGCCUGUCCCCCUGCAGAGCUGCCCUUCUGUUCACUGGACAUGGAGCUAGGCCUGUCCCUCCAUGACCUGCACUGCCCAGAGGCUGUGCAUACUGUGCUGGCGGCCCGGCAGCUGGAGGGUCUCCGCGCUGUGCACACCCGGCUCCAGGCCCGGUUCCUAGGGGGCCGCCCGGGCCCCUGCCGCCCCCACCACAGCUUCCGCCUCCUGGACAGUUUGCCCUGUGUGAAGAGCGGGGACACCCUCUACUACCGCAUUGUGCAGGUGGACAAGGAGGCGUGGCAUGUCUUGGCCGCCAAGGUGCCCAAGCCAGGAGCCAAGAAGCCCCACCCGUGGGGCCUGGAGCUGCAGGCCUCACUGCCCCCACACUUCAACCUCCAGGGGCUGUGUGGCCUGGUGCCCGAAGGUGCACUGCCAGAGGCGCCCUGGAUCGGCCCCGUGGUGCUGGCGGCGGAGGUACCAGAGCGCACGGUGGCCCAGUGGCUGGUGGAGGCAGGCGCGCAGAGGCCCCCGGACUUUGCCUGGGCCGUGGCCCUGAUGUUACUGCAGCUGAGUAGAGCCCUGGAGCACCUGGAGGCCCGGGGCGCGACCCUGACCGAGCUGCGUCCCGAGAACCUGCUGCUGGUGGCGCCGCGGGGCUGCGCGGCCUCCGGGCCCCAGCGCCUGCUGUUAGCAGACUUCGGCCGUGUCUACCCACGGCCCUCGGAAGCCCUGGGAGCUCACGCGCUACAGCUGGGCCGCCUGCUCCGCACGCUGCUCGACCGCGUGCCCCUGGCCACGCCCUUGACCGCGGGCCUGGAGCGCCUGGCAGCCCAGCUGGCCCGCGUACAACCCUCUGCGACCCUGACGCGCGGCGCGCUGCAGGCGCUGCUCUGGGGGCCGGGAUACGAGCUACGAGGCCGCGGUACAUCGCUGGGGCCCUGGCUGCGGGUGCGCCGCGCGUUGCUGGUCCUGCACCUUGCGCAGCGGGCCGCUGGUGGGGAGGUUCCCGGCCUGGAGGACUGGCUGUGUUGUGAAUACCUGGUAGAGGCCACCGAGGCCUCGAUGGGCGGCGCCCUGGAGCUGUUGUGGGGCUGAUCCCUCCCAGAGCGAUGCGCCUGUUCCAGGACUUCUCCAAGAGGCAGGCACCCAUUCCCAGAGCUGGGGCUGGGGGCAGUGUCUCCACAAUAGAGUGGAUCCCUCCUUCCAGAAGGAGCCAGAAGGCUAGCAGAGAAUACAGAAGAGGUGCCACCCCCUUCCCCGACCCCGCAAUGCCUGCCCCUUCUAUGUUGGGGACGUAGCCCCAAGGCCUCCCCAGGAAGGAAGGAGGCUAACGGCUAGUGCCAGCUGAGCCUUUUUGAUGCCAGGGACACUCAUCUCUUCCAGGUGUGAACACUCCCUGCCAAUCAGUGUCUCUGAGUGUGUGGAACCCCUCUCCCCACUUCCAGAAGCCAGAGUGCCUUUCUCAUGCUGGGGUCUUCCAGUCCCUGUCUCCACAGAGCGUGGACACCCCUCCCGUGCCCAUGUGGGAGGCACCCCUGGCCCUGGAGCAGCCCCUGCGCUGACCCCUCCAGUGUGAACGUCCUUGUCAAGAGCUACUUCAGGUCCCCAGGGGGAGGGGGGCCCACCCAACACAGCCCGCCCUAUUGGAGUCUGAACUCACCUCCCAAAUGUUCCCAUGUCCUGCCACCUUCCCAACUCUCUCUCUCUCUACCCACCGUGGCCUCCUGGCUGUUCCUCUGUGACACUAAAUUCUGUCCAGCCGCCUAACCUGUGCAUGGGCUCUUCCCCCAGGGCCAGACUGUUCCAAUCCCACCGCCUCUAAGUAAAUAAAGUUGCCCCUCCUGGGCCCUC